GUUGCCAUGAUUAUUAUUUUUUUCCCCCUGUUUCUAGUAAUGGCAACCUACACUUGCAUCACUUGCCGUGUGGCUUUCAAGGAUGCGGACAUUCAGCGUGCCCAUUACAAAACCGACUGGCAUAGAUAUAACCUGAAGCGUAAGGUUGCUGACAUGCCUCCUGUCACAGCUGAGAACUUUGAAGAGAGAGUCCUAGCGCAGAGAGCAGUGGCAGAGGAGCAGAACAAAAUCACUGCCACUUACUGCACAGUUUGCAGCAAGAGAUUCUCCACCUUCAAUACCUAUGAGAAUCACUUGAAGUCCAAGAAGCACUUAGAGUUGGAGAAGAAAGCUGUCCAAGCUGUCAGCAAGAAGGUGAAAAUACUAAAUGAAAAGAACCUGGAAAAGGGGCUGGCUCCAGAGAGUGUAAACAAAGAUGAAAUGAAUGCAGCUAUUCAGCAAGCCAUCAGAGCUCAGCCGUCUUCCUCUCCAAAGAAGAUGCCUUUGCCUCGUAGUGAUGCAAGUAGCUCUCCUGUUUCUAUGGUAAGUGCCAGCUUAUCACAGAGUAGAGAACGAUCGGAAAAACCUCCACGGCUACAGUGGUUUGAACAGCAAGCGAAGAAGCUGGCCAAACAACAGGCAGAGGAGGAAGAGGAUACGGAAGAAGACUGGGAAGAUAUGGAUUCUGAUGAAGAGAUUGGUUCUGAAGAAGAGAUGGAAAGUGUGGGAGGAGAAGAGGAGAGACAGGCAGAAGCUGAAAGCACUCCUGCUGCUGGGGCCAUACCAGUCACAGACUGCUUAUUCUGUCCCCACCAUUCCAGAUCUCUCACAAAAAAUGUGGCACAUAUGACAAAAGCUCAUAGUUUCUUCAUUCCAGAUAUAGAGUACCUUGUGGAUCUCAGAGGACUAAUCAAGUACCUGGGAGAGAAAGUUGGCAUUGGGAAAAUCUGCAUCUGGUGCAAUGAAAAAGGGAAAUCCUUCUACUCUACAGAAGCAGUACAGGCUCACAUGAAUGAUAAAAGCCACUGCAAACUCUUCACAGAUGGAGAUGCUGCCCUGGAAUUUGCAGACUUCUAUGAUUUUAGGAGCAGUUACCCCGAUCACAAGGAUGGGGAAGAUGUGGAGGUGCCUGGAGAGUGCCCAACAGAGAGAGAGUUGGAUUAUGAUGAUGACACCAUGGAGCUGAUCCUUCCUUCAGGUGCAAGAGUGGGUCAUCGUUCUUUAAUGAGAUACUACAAGCAACGAUUUGGUCUGUCAAGAGCAGUGACUGUAGCAAACCACAAGAAAACAGUGGGUCGGGUGUUGCAGCAGUACAGAGCUUUGGGCUGGACAAGUCAGACAGGGGCAGCCUAUGCUCAGCAGCGUGAUAUGCAGUACCUGCAGAGGAUGAAGUCGAAGUGGUUGCUCAAGACAGGAAUGAGUAACAAUGCUACAAAGCAGAUGCACUUCCGAGUGCAAGUGAGAUUCUGAGUUCCCAAGAGAGCUGCAUGCAGCUGUUUUCUGGAAAGAGGGAUUUAAUGGCUUCUGGCUUCAGGAUUCUGUUGCUAAAAUGGACUCGGUACUUAUCAAAUGGGAUGUGUACGCUGGUGUGCCUUCCUGUUUAUGGGAAGAGCAGGGAGCUUGUCUCUUCCGGUGAGAUGAAGGUUGGCUUAACUUAAAAAAUAAAAUAUCUUAAAUGAGAUAUGUGGCAAAGUAGUCCCAGCUGUUAACUGUGGGGCAGUUGACAUUGUCAUUUGUCUGAAUAUCUUCAUUUUCCAGUUCUGCAAAAUGCCAAGGGAAGAUCCUAGGCCUGGGAGGCUGAGAUGCAGUGUGUUGAAUGUUUUCACUGGUAGUACCAUAUGUAAGUUAGCUGGGUGUUUUGGACUAUCUAAUUGGCACUAAAGAGGUGAAAACUUGAGAUUGUGGGAUGGUUAAGUGGUAAUUGGUUGAAGAAAUGCACUGAUGAAAAAUAGAACUCCAGGAUUAAUACUGUCCUCAGAAUUUGACUGUACUUGCUUAAUGCUCCAUCUCAGGGCUGGAUUAAUAAUUUACAAUGAAGUUGUUUUAUAUUGAAUUUACUCAAUUUUUCUACCUAAAAUCUGCUCAAAAGUACCAUAACAUCUAGAUCAAUGUCAGUCAAAAUUUCAGAUCUUUUAAAGAUUUGCUGAUUAAAACUCUAAAUUUACUGUUGAUUUCA